GCGAUCUAUCAUCUGCAACAUUUUGCUUUUUCCCUGCCUCCCUUUUGGACAGAACCGCGCCAGUGACGGAAUGGUCCAAGCUUGGGAGGUUGGCCCCCUCUGGUGGCCCGUGACUGAAUAUCUUUCUUUUCCGCUCUCGCCGUCUUUCCGAAAUCCGACCUACCGUCCUUGGUGUUUCAUCUUUUUCGAUGUCCCAUGAUAUUACCACGGCUAUUACCUCGGUGCCAGAAUGGCGUCGUGAAAGGACACAAUGGAUAAUACGUUACCGUCGUCAACCAAGCGAGCAAUCGCAUCCUUGGUAGUCCUAUUUGUUCUUGCGACGACCUUUCUCGCUCUCAGGAUCUACGCGAGAGUCGCUGCCUUGAGAAGCUGGCGGCUGGGGACGGACGACUAUGUCAUACUUGCGGCGUGGGUUCUCUUCACAUGCAUGAUAUAUCUUCGUGUCGCGCUUCUAAGUGCGUCCACAUUUGCGGGGAUAUUGAAUGUCCCCAAGUACAGCAAGAUCAGUGGGGCAGCCGGGAUAAUGUCAAACAUAGCGUGGGCGCUAAGCAAGACAUCAUUCGCCUUCACGCUCAUGCGUUUGAUGACGGGAAAGCUUCGAUGGAUGCUGUGGUUCAUCAUCUUCUCCAUGAACCUCUUCAUUGCGCUGUGGCUCCCCUUCUUUCUCAACCCAUGCAGCCCUGGCGGACCGGAGCCAUGCUGGCCACGGGAAGUGUCGGUCCCGUUUGGGAUAUUUGUUAAUGCAUACUCGGCCUUUUUGGACAUUUUUCUUUCCUUGCUACCAUGGAAGAUCAUAUGGCCCCUUCAUCUUAGCACACGCGAACGGAUCGGCAUCUGUGUGGCUAUGAGCAUGGGUAUCUUCGCUGGGGGUACUGGGAUAGUCAAGGUUUUGUAUCUAUUCGGACCACAGUCACGCAGUAUAUUUGACUCCGGGAGUAUAUGUAAGUCUUGACUUGUCCGGUUAUGAACCCUCAGGAGCAAACUUGGAAGUCAUUUCGGACUGACCCUUUUUCCCUAGAUACAUUAAGCACCCUUUUCGUCUGGGAAAGCGCUGAGAUCUCAGCCACAAUUAUGGCC